AUGAUGACGUGCCGUCUGCUGUGCGCCCUGUUGGUGCUUGCCCUGUGCUGCUGCCCGUCUGUGUGUGUGACAGCAACUGGUGAAGAUCAAGUUGCGGACAGCCCCAGUUUAUCGCCUGUUUCGCCACCGGGAGCAAGUGUUCCAGGACCCGGUGGUUCAGGGUCGCUGACACAGGCCGGUACUGGACAGACACAGAGUGGAAACCCCACACCACAAGCAUCAAGUGCGGGACCCGGUGUGCCAGGGAGUCCGGAUACACCAAAUCCGGAGUCUAUUCCAAAAGAGGAACAGGCACCAGGUGGGUCCGAUGGGUCAGGGUCGUCAGGUGGGUCGGUUAACCCAAAUGCAUCGUCAAGUUCCGUGACCGCUUCUGUACCGGCACAAAGUCAGAAGGAACAUGCGCCAACAACAACAACAACCACUACUACGACAAAAGCACCAACUACCACCACCACUACGACUACGGAGGCGCCAACCACAACGACCACCCGCGCACCGUCACGUCUUCGCGAAAUCGACGGCAGCCUCAGCAGCUCUGCGUGGGUGUGUGCCCCGCUGCUGCUCGCCGUAUCCGCGCUGGCGUACACCACUCUGGGCUGA